ACCCACAUCUCCACCCAUAAAAGAGAAUCUUCACACCGAUAAACGCAACCUCUCCUUCUUCCCAAAUUACCCAUCUCUCCCCACCAUAAACCACCACUAACCCACCAUGUCAUCCGACCACCACCAACCCCUACUCCCCCCAGAAUCCGCCUACGACCCAACAGAAAAAGUCCACAUAGUCGGAGUAGUAGACGAUGACGACGACUACACCACCACAACGCCACCCUUCUCCUGGCAAAAGCUCUGGCUCUUCACCGGACCCGGGUUCUUAAUGAGCAUAGCCUUCUUGGAUCCGGGCAACUUGGAGGGUGAUCUUCAGGCGGGUGCAAUUGCCGGUUAUUCACUGUUAUGGUUGCUGUUAUGGGCCACUGCUAUUGGGCUGCUGGUCCAGCUUCUAUCGGCUCGGCUUGGUGUAGCCACUGGGAGACACUUGGCUGAGCUGUGUAGAGAAGAGUAUCCUAAUUGGGCUGGGAAGUUGUUGUGGGUCAUGGCUGAGUUGGCUCUUAUUGGUGCUGAUAUUCAAGAGGUUAUUGGUAGUGCUAUUGCUUUGAAGAUUUUGACUAAUGGGUUUUUACCCCUUUGGGCUGGUGUUCUUAUUACUGCCUUUGAUUGUUUCAUAUUUCUGUUUCUUGAAAACUAUGGUGUGAGGAAGUUAGAGGCCCUUUUCGCGUUUCUUAUCGCGGUCAUGGCCGUUUCAUUCGCUUGGAUGUUUGGUGAAACCAAGCCCAAUGCUAAAGAGCUUCUUGUUGGUCUUGUGGUUCCGAAACUCAACUCGAGAACAAUACAACAAGCAGUGGGAGUCGUCGGCUGCAUUAUAAUGCCACACAACGUGUUCUUACAUUCCGCACUGGUACAGUCAAGAGAAGUUGACCCAACAAAAACGGGUCGGGUCCGUGAAGCUCUAAGAUACUACUCCAUUGAAUCCACAAUAGCACUCGCGGUCUCAUUUGUCAUCAAUCUCUUCGUAACAACGGUUUUCGCAAAGGCGUUUUUUGGUACCGCCAUUGCUGAUACAAUCGGGCUAGGGAACGCGGGUCAGUUUCUUGAAGAAAAGUUCGGUGGUGGGUUGGUACCGAUUCUGUAUAUAUGGGCUGUCGGGUUGCUUGCAGCUGGACAAAGUAGUACGAUUACAGGUACUUAUGCGGGCCAGUUUAUCAUGGGCGGUUUUCUUGAUUUGAGAUUGAAGAAAUGGGCCCGAGCGUUGAUUACACGAAGCUGUGCAAUCGUUCCCACAUUGAUCGUUGCGUUGAUCUUCGAUAGUUCAGAGGACACGUUGGAUGUCUUAAACGAAUGGCUUAAUGUGCUCCAAUCGAUUCAGAUCCCUUUUGCGCUCAUUCCGUUGCUAUGUUUGGUGGCGAAAGAGGAUCUCAUGGGCGUUUUCGCAAUUGGUCGAGUUCUAAAGACAGUCUCAUGGCUAGUGGCUGCUUUAGUGAUAGCGAUAAACGGGUACCUAUUACAACAGUUUUUCGCCGAAGAAGUAACUGGGGUCGCCUUUACUUCUGUAGUAAUCGUUUUCACGGUUGCAUACGUUGCAUUCGUGGUAUAUCUUAUCUGGCGGAGCAUCACCGUUUCCACUUUUGGUUUCCUUAAGCUAAGAAGCCAAGCAGCGUAGCGACAUCUUUUAGUCUUAGGAAAAUCUCGAAUGUUAGGAGACAUGAUGUAGUCAUUAUUCAUUGUAAUGACCGUUUAUAGAUGUGAUAUCCGCACACCUUCGUUAGAAAACGGGUGUGUUAGCCGUUUUCAAGAUUGUUGUCGCUUCGACCAUGUAAUGUUGUGUAUUUGCAGAGGUCGGAUGGAUGACGAGUGUAUUACUCUGGAUUUCGAUUUAUAUUAAGUGAAAUAUUAGUCUCAAGAAAGGAUGGGAAGGUGAUUUGUACACAA